ACACGCUGCCAACCUUCGCCGGAAACCUAGUUUUCAGAUUUUUAAGCUUUAGUACCAAGCUUUUCAUCUCAAUGGAGGGAGGAGAUGAGCAGGUGAUGAGCGAGGUUCAUCUUGGAUGCCCUCCUCAUUCCUCUGCUCCUCAUAUAUCUGUCUUCACCUUUACUGCCCCUCCAACAGCUUUUCAACCCAAUGUAGCAUGGGAUGGUGAUCAUCAUGCAACUUGCGAAAGCUCGGCGCUUAAUCAAUGUGAUGUUGGUGAUCAUGUUUGUGUUGAAGAUGCCUCGAGGCAACUUAAUUUUGAUAAAGAUGGUGACCUUGUUUUAAGCAGGAGAAGAAGGAAUCACAAUAAGAGAUGCCUGAACUAUCGAGUAACUAUCCAACAUAAUAUCACAUCAUCACUUCCCCUUGUUGGAUUGCAAGUGUGGAAAGCGGCUUUGGUGUUAGUAGAUUUUGUGCUGCACAAAAGUUUUAUGUCAUCUGACUUUGUUGACAUGAUCGCUGUAGAACUUGGUGCUGGAACAGGGUUGCUUGGUAUACUACUUGCACGUGUUUUGAGGGCAAUCUUUGUCACAGAUACAGGUACUGAAGUCCUGGAUAAUUGUGCUAUUAAUGUCCAGAUCAAUGCUGGUGCGCUCAAGUACUGUGAAUCUUCUGUUCUUGUUCGAGAACUUGAUUGGAAAGAGUCAUGGCCACCCAAAAUUGGCGCAUCUGAUGUAGAAGCUCAGCAGAGAAACAGUUCGAAGUACUCAUGGUCUGCGUCGGAGGUUGAUGAAGCAGAGGGUGCAUCUCUGCUUUUUGCCGCUGAUGUAAUUUACAGUGAUGAACUAACCGAUGCAUUUUUCAACAUUGUAGAGAAGUUGAUGUCACAUGGUUCUGAGAAGGUUUUGUACUUGGCUUUGGAAAAGAGGUAUAAUUUCACUCUAGAUGAUCUCGACAUUGUUGCCAAUGGAUAUCAACACUUCCAAAGCUACUUAAAGGAUGAACAAGAAUAUGCUAGGCUUAAUGGCACAUUUCAACCUUGUUUUGUCGGUGAGCGGAUCAAUAUCGAUCAGAUCCCACAGUACAUAAAAGAGUAUGAAAGAGGAAAGGACCUUGAAAUAUGGAAGAUAUGCUACCGCAAAACACCACAUUCAAAGUCUGUCUUGUAGAGAAGCAAAUCCUUGGACACUGCCUGAACCACUCAAAUCAGUCUUUGGUCUCUGAAAUAUCGCCGUCUUAUCUUUCAAGCUUGUGAGAAGCACAAGCAUGGCUUCUUCAUCACCAAAGGAUGGAGCGAAGAAUGAUCGACAAGUUCUUAUUUCUUCUUCUUCUUCUCCAAAGAGUCCAAUUGGUGGUGGUGUUGGUGGCCAGUGUUUGUGCUCUCCGACGACACAUCAAGGUUCGUUUAGGUGCCGUUUUCAUCGAUCAUCACCUUCAACAUGGAUGAUGAAUAGGUCUAAGUCUAUGCCUUCUUCUGCUAAGUCUUCUAAGUCUCUUGAGACUGUCUAAGCACUUCGUCAUCUUCAUCUUAUUAUCUUCACUUCAUAUUUCUCUUCUGAUAUUAGUUUGCUGUCUUGGAUAUUUGAUAAGGAAAAGUCUUUCUUGUUCUUGUUCUUGUUCUUGGUCUGUAUGAACAUGAUCUUAAAGUAGUUAUAAUCCUACAAGUGAUGUUUUGCAUGGUAGAAUGUGGAACAAGAGUAAAAGGUUUCCAUGUUUUGUUUUGUCCAUGUUUUGGUCUUCUUUCUCUAUGUAUUAAUCUCUCUUUCUAUAAAUAGAUAUAUCAGUUUCUUACUUGGGA